GGGGGGGGCGGAGGCGCCGUAGAAAUGUGUCGGUGACAUUGAAUGGGGAGACUGAGCGCGAGCUAGGCGCGCGCGCGCACACACACGCGCACACACGGCCCCGCUCGCUCCGAGAUCCCCGGCCACGUAAGUAACUAUUAAUACCGCCUCGCAGAGAGAUGCGGGCGUGCUGAGCUCGGGGAUUGGCCUCGGGCACCGUCGGCCGUCCCCUUCAAUUUUAAGUACACAUUCCUCUUACCUCCGGUUGGGGGAAGAACAAAAUAAAAGAAGAAGAAAAGCCGUCAAUUUUCUCCAAAACAAACCCCGCCAGGCAAUUUGGGUUGAGGGUAAGGGGAGACGGAGUGGUUGCAAAUUAUUCCAAGGCGAGAUCCAGUUACCGAACGAGAAAGGAACAGCGCGGGUUGACUGGGCUGGGGGUGCAUCCCCUUCCAGGGCCGGGAGGACCCCCGGAAGCUCGGAGACCAUUGAUCUACCCUUGUCCCUGCCCGCACUUCUCGCUUUAUUCGGAGGACGAUCUGGAGCGCGAGGGAGCGGCGACAGCAUGAGCCGGUGCUGACCUCCGCCCGGCGGGCCAAGCCCUGGGCUUUGCCGUGGUACCUGUGCCCGGACCACAACUCUGUGCCCAGCUUUUGCAAUCUUUUGUUGGCAGCGCUGACCGCUCUAAGUUAAAUGCUCCCUUGCUAUUUUUUUUGUCUGUUUGUUUAAAUUUUGGAGAGCUCUUGCGGUCUUGGAAAAGCCUCAGACGCCAUCUACAGUUAAAACGUAGGUAACUACCCUCUCCGGCACCCCCCCUUCCACGCCCCCCACCCUUUCCACCAAAAAAGGGGGUGCAGCGCGGAUUCUGUCUGCGGUGCGGCGCGAGCCGGUACCCGUGCUUAUUUCCUUUUUCUUUUUGUUUGGUUUCUAACGCGCUGAGACCAAGCAGCGGCCGUGCGCUCCCCGAAGAUUGCACAAACUACAGCCGGGCUCCUCCGCCCCGUCUGCGGUUCGGAAGCCUGCGUGGGGAUCGCUUCGGGAGACCCGGCGCUGCAGCUCCCCACCUUAGCAACCUGGUUACUCGUCUAGAUCCACUCUGGAAGAAGAGAAAGAGAGAGAGAAACUAAAAGUGCGAAGAUUCUGCAAAUCGCUGGCGGCUUUGGGGUAACAAAAGGACCCGAGUUGCUGCCGACCGAGGACCCCCGGGAGCCGGGCUCGGAGCAGACAAGGUGCCCGGCGGCGCCCAUUUGGGGGCUUCUAACUCUUUCUCCACGUAGCCCCCUUCCCGCCCCCUCCCCUCUCGUUCCCUUUUAAAAUCCGUGGCACCGAGGCGCCUGCAGACGCACUCGCCAGCGACUCGUCUCUCCAGCGGGUUUUUUUGUUUGUCGAGUGCGAUCCCCACACUCAUGAACAUACACAGGUCUACCCCCAUCACAAUAGCAAGAUAUGGGAGAUCGCGGAACAAAACCCAGGAUUUCGAAGAGUUGUCGUCUAUAAGGUCCGCUGAACCCAGCCAGAGUUUCAGCCCGAACCUUGGCUCCCCGAGCCCGCCUGAGACUCCGAACUUGUCGCAUUGCGUUUCUUGCAUCGGGAAAUACUUAUUGUUAGAACCUCUGGAGGGAGACCACGUUUUUCGUGCCGUGCAUCUGCACAGUGGAGAGGAGCUGGUGUGCAAGGUGUUUGAUAUCAGCAGCUACCAGGAGUCCCUGGCCCCCUGCUUUUGCCUGUCUGCCCACAGCAACAUCAACCAAAUCACCGAAAUCAUCCUGGGGGAGACGAAAGCUUAUGUGUUCUUUGAGCGCAGCUAUGGGGACAUGCAUUCCUUCGUUCGCACCUGCAAGAAGCUGAAGGAGGAGGAAGCGGCCAGGCUGUUCUACCAGAUCGCCUCAGCGGUGGCCCACUGCCACGACGGGGGGCUGGUGCUGCGCGACCUCAAGCUGCGGAAAUUUAUCUUUAAGGACGAAGAAAGGACUCGGGUCAAGCUGGAAAGCCUGGAAGAUGCCUACAUUCUGCGGGGAGAUGAUGACUCCCUCUCCGACAAGCACGGCUGCCCAGCGUACGUCAGUCCAGAGAUCCUGAACACCAGUGGCAGCUACUCGGGCAGGGCAGCUGAUGUUUGGAGCCUGGGAGUGAUGCUCUACACCAUGUUGGUUGGGCGGUACCCUUUCCAUGACAUUGAGCCCAGCUCCCUCUUCAGCAAGAUCCGGCGUGGCCAGUUCAACAUUCCAGAGACUCUGUCGCCCAAGGCCAAGUGCCUCAUCCGAAGCAUCCUGCGGCGGGAGCCCUCAGAGCGGCUGACCUCGCAGGAAAUUCUGGACCAUCCUUGGUUUUCUACAGAUUUUAGCGUCUCGAAUUCAGGAUAUGGUGCUAAGGAAGUGUCUGAUCAGCUGGUGCCGGAUGUCAACAUGGAAGAGAACUUGGACCCUUUCUUUAACUGAGCUCACGCCCCACAGUGACUUAGCAGGUACCAGGAGCAAGAGAGGGCAGUGGAGAGGACUUCUUCCAGGGAACACGUAUCGCCUGGUUUGGUAGCAAGAAAGACGCUGACACUCACAGGCUUCUUGGUUCAAAGAAGGAAAACCGUCAAGGAGCUGACUGAACAUGUAGCAUGGGGACCAGAGAUGCGGGAUGGGGGCAGCCUCUGGGGUCCUGUCGGAUGGGCGGGAGCCCCCAGGGGCUUCUCUUGCCUAAUGGAGCCCCCCCGGAGACUACCCCUGUCAGUUAGGCUGCUUCCGCCUACCCCACUUUCCAUUUUGUUCCAAAAUAAUUGCAGAUCCUGAUAGAAUCAGAACUCUCUGCCUCAAACAUACAUCUUGGCAUCGCACUGUUAGCAUUUAACGUCUUGUCAUGAUUCAGGGAAGGUACCAUUGGCCAAGGGUUUUUUUUUUUUUUUUUCAUUUUUAAACAAGCCAACCACCUAUCUGAUAAUUCACGGGGUUCGUUUAAAAAAAAUUCGGUGCACACAGACUGACAUGAAACCUGGGUGCUAAAACUAAAAGAAAAUAAAAAUCCAUUUUGUGUCUUUUAAUUGCGUUCUUCAACUCAUUUCUUCUAAAUAAACAUUGAAUAUCCUGA